AUGGCGACCCUCGGGAUUACCGCUCGCUCCGCUAUGAGAGCUCGGCCAAGCUCAAGACCUCUCAUGGCGCUUCGCACCAUGGCGACUGUGCAGACAAAGGUACCCGAGCCCAAGACGAAAACAUUUCAAAUCUAUCGCUGGAAUCCGGAUGAGCCGGCGCGAAAGCCCCGCAUGCAAUCAUACACACUAGACCUCAAUAAAACCGGGCCCAUGAUGUUGGAUGCCUUGAUCCGGAUAAAGAAUGAAGUCGAUCCUACCUUAACCUUUCGACGUAGUUGUAGGGAAGGAAUAUGUGGGAGCUGCGCCAUGAACAUUGAUGGCGUCAACACGCUGGCAUGUCUCUGUCGCAUCCCAACCGAUACGAGUAAAGAAACCAAAGUUUACCCUCUUCCUCAUACCUACGUCGUUAAGGAUAUUGUGCCCGACCUCACCCAGUUCUACAAGCAAUAUAAGUCAAUUAAGCCCUACUUGCAGCGAUCAACACCUUCGCCAAAUGGAAAGGAAUUUCUUCAGUCCAAGGAAGACCGGAAGAAGUUGGACGGGCUAUACGAGUGUAUCCUAUGUGCGUGCUGCUCAACAUCGUGCCCUUCGUACUGGUGGAACUCCGAGGAAUACCUGGGACCUGCCGUGCUCAUGCAAAGUUACCGCUGGCUGGCUGAUUCGCGGGACGAGAAGAAGCUUGAACGGAAACAGGCUUUAGAUAACAGCAUGAGUCUCUACCGAUGCCACACCAUUCUAAACUGUUCGCGGACAUGUCCAAAGGGGCUGAAUCCCGGCCUGGCUAUUGCCGAGAUCAAGAAAGAAAUGGCUUUUUAA